CACCCACACGUUUCGGGAACACGGUCUAUGGCUGCCUGUGGAUGUGGCAAUCUGACGACGUGUCUUUGCUCAGCAGUUGUCAAUUUUGCUGCAGCGGGAACCUUCGACUUUUAUAAGUACUGACUGUUGACCACAUUGCCAUGAUGUUGCAGAGGCUGGCCUUGUGUUCCAGUCUACGUUCCAGGAGCCUGCAAGCAAAUGUUUGCCCACGCUUUGCCAGGGCAGUGUCCCAAACCAAGUUCCCUGUCACCCAUUCUCCUGGGAAGUCAGCUGCGCACCGCAGUGAGCUCAGACAGGCCAAGCGCAUUGUGGUGAAAUUGGGCAGUGCUGUGGUGACGCGGGGAGAUGAGUGUGGCUUGGCCCUCGGGCGUCUCGCCUCCAUUGUGGAGCAGGUGGCCGUGCUGCAGAACCAAGGCAGGGAGAUGAUGAUUGUCACCAGUGGGGCCGUUGCUUUCGGAAGGCAGAGACUGAGACACGAGAUCCUGCUAUCUCAGAGCGUCAGACAAGCCUUGCACUCUGGACAGAACCAACUCAAAGAAAUGUCACUUCCAGUUCUGGAGGCCCGGGCGUGUGCAGCUGCAGGACAGAGUGGCUUGAUGGCUCUGUAUGAAGCUAUGUUCACCCAGUACAGCACCUGCACUGCACAGAUCCUUGUGACGAACCUCGACUUCCACGAUGAGCAGAAGCGUCGCAACCUGAACAGCACCCUCCACGAGCUGCUGCGCAUGAACAUAGUGCCCAUCAUCAACACCAAUGACGCAGUUGUACCGCCCCCUGUUCCAAACAGUGACCUUCAGGGGGUAAAUGUAAUACACAUCAAGGAUAAUGACAGCUUGGCUGCAAGACUGGCUGUUGAAAUGAAAGCAGACCUUCUUAUUGCUCUAUCUGAUGUUGAAGGAUUGUAUGACAGCCCCCCAGGAACAGAUGACGCUAAACUCAUCGAUAUCUUCUACCCCGGAGACCAGCAGUCUAUCAGAUAUGGCUCAAAGUCCAAAGUGGGCAUUGGGGGCAUGGAGGCAAAGGUGAAGUCUGCUCUGUGGGCGCUUCAGGGUGGCACGUCGGUCGUCAUUGCCAAUGGCACCGACCCCAAAGUCACGGGCCACGUCAUCACAGACAUAGUGGAGGGAAAGAAAGUGGGCACAUUCUUCUCUGAGGUCAAGCCUGCUGGUCCCACUGUGGAGCAGCAGACAGAAAUGGCCAGGCAGGCAGGCAGGACUCUGGCCACUCUUCACCCAGAUGAGAGAGGAGAGAUAAUUUGCCGUCUGGCUGAUCUGCUGACAGAGAAGAAGGAUGAGAUCCUCAGUGCCAACAAGAGAGACAUGGAGACUGCAGCAUCAUCAGGCCGUCUCUCCCAACCCCUGCUGGCAAGGUUGAGUCUGUCCACAUCGAAGCUGAACAGCCUAGCCAUAGGCCUGCGUCAGAUUGCUGUAUCGUCCAGGGACAGCGUGGGGCAGGUGCUCCGCAGGACCAGAGUCGCCAACAACCUGGAGCUCGAACAGAUCACUGUGCCCAUCGGAGUCCUGCUGGUCAUCUUUGAGUCCCGACCCGACUGCCUUCCUCAGGUGUCAGCUCUGGCUAUUGCCAGUGGAAAUGCUCUGUUACUGAAGGGUGGAAAAGAAGCGGCCAACACCAACCGUAUCUUGCAUCAGCUGACCCAGGAGGCGCUCUCUAUCCACGGGGUGAAGGAUGCUAUUCAGCUGGUGAGUACCCGUGAGGAGGUGGAGGACCUGUGUAGACUAGAUAAGAUGAUAGACCUGAUCAUCCCUCGAGGCUCGUCCCAGCUGGUCAGAGACAUCCAGAGAGCUGCCAAGGGCAUCCCUGUGCUGGGACACAGUGAGGGCAUCUGCCAUGUCUACAUCGACUCUGAGGCCUGCAUCGAAAAGGCUAUUGACAUCAUCAAAGACUCUAAAUGUGACUACCCUGCGGCCUGCAAUGCCAUGGAGACCCUACUCCUCCACAGAGAUCUACUGAGGACACCUCUGUUUGACCAGAUUAUAGAUAUGCUUAGAGUGGAACAGGUAAAGAUCCACGCAGGCCCCAGGUUUGCCUCCUACCUGACUUUUAGUCCAUCUGAGGUGAAGUCUCUGAGGACAGAGUACGGGGACCUGGAGUGCUGCAUUGAGGUGGUGGAUAGUAUGCAGGACGCCGUGGACCACAUCCACAAAUACGGCAGCUCCCACACAGAUGUCAUUGUUACAGAUAACGAGAAUACAGCUGAACAGUUCAUGCAGCAGGUGGACAGUGCCUGUGUUUUCUGGAACGCUAGCUCUCGCUUUGCUGAUGGAUACAGAUUUGGUCUUGGUGCGGAGGUUGGCAUCAGCACAGCUCGGAUCCAUGCGAGGGGCCCAGUGGGUCUGGAGGGGCUGCUGACCACCAAGUGGGUCCUCCGGGGUGAGGGGCACACAGUGGCAGAGUUCUCAGAGGCGGGCAGUAUGAAGUACCUUCAUGAGAACAUCCCUGUUCCUCAGAGAUUCCCCAGCUAGGAACCACAGUCAGUCACAGAACCCUCCAAUACAGGAACUGUCAUGUAAAAGUGGGAAGUGAAAACCUUAAAGUUAAUUUUUAUGAGUAGGGCUUAAAUUGCAACCUUAUAUAUGGAUCUGUACGUGACUGUGGGGGUCAACAAACCACUUUCAGAUACCACAUACAUGAAAGCAGCAGGAGACUGUUUUGUAUCUGCUACAGUGUCGGAGCGUGUAAAGCAUUAAGAUGACCUGGAAAUUAAUGAAGAGGUGGUGAACGGUUGCACAGGAAAGCAAAUGGUCAAAGUAUACGUGUGUGUACUAUAUAUAUAUAUAUAUAUAUAUACACACACAAAUACAAAAGUAUGUGGAGGCCUGUUCAAAUGAGUGGAUUCAGCUUUUUCAGCCAUACCCGUUGCUGACAGGUGUAUAAAAUCGAGCACACAGCGAUGCAAUCUCCAUAGCCCAAAAUUGGCAGUAGAAUGGCCUUACUGAAGAGCUCAGUGACCUUCAAUGUGGCACCGUCAUAGGAUGCCACCAUUCCAACAAGGUAGUUCGUCAAUGUUCUGCCUUGCUAGAGCAAUGUAAGUGCAGUCAUUGUGAAGUGGAAACUUCUAGGAGCAACAACGGCUCAGCUGCGAUGUGGUAGGCCUCACACGUAAACAUCUUCUGUCCUGCAACAUUCCCUACCGAGUUCCAAACUGCCUCUUGAAGCAACAUCUGCACAAGCACUGUUCGUGGUAAUUAGCCCAGUGUGGUCUGGGUUAGGAGGGGGUUUGGCAGGCUGAGAUUUUGCUGUCCCAUCGCGCUCUUGCGUCACGGUCGGUGUUUCCCCCGACACAUUGGUGCAGCUGGCUUCCAGGUAAAGCGGGCAUUGUGUCAAGAAGCAGUGCGGCUUGGCUGGGUCGUGUUUCGGAGGACGCACGGCUCUCGACCUUCGCCUCUCCCGAGUUGCAGCGAUGGGACAACACUAUAUCUAACAAUUGGAUACCACGAAAUUGGGGAGAAUUUUUAUGUCUUGCGGGCUGGAAUGAAGUUCUGGGGGGGCAGUUUACGCACCCCCCCCCUUUUCUGUUUCAGCAUGACAAUGCCACCUUGCAAAAAACCAGGUCUAUAAAGAAAUGGUUUGUUGAGAUCGGUGUGGAAGAACUUGACUGGCCUACACAGAGCCCUGAACUGAACCCCAUCGAACACCUUUGGAAUGAAUUGGACCGCAGACUGGGAGCCAGGCCUAAUUGCCCAACAUCAGUGCCCGACCUCCCUAUUGCUAUUGUGGCUGAAUUGAAGCAAAUCCCUGCAGCAAUGUUCCAACAUCUAGUGGAAAGCCUUGCCAGAAGAGUGGAGGCAGUUACAGCAGCAAAGGGGGGACCAACUCCAUAUUAAUGCCUAUGCUUUUGGAAUGAGAUGUUCAACGAGCAGUUGUCCACUUACUUUUGGUCAUGUAGUGUGUGUGAAAAUAUACAUACAGUUGAAGCCGGAAGUUUACAUACACCUUAGCCCCAUACAUUUAAACUCAGUUUUUCACAAUUUCUGACAUAUAAUCCUGUCUUAGGUCAGUUAGGAUCACCGCUUUAUUUUAAGAAUGUGAAAUGUCAGAAUAAUUGUAGAGAGAAGGAUUCAUUUUUUCACAUUCCCAGUGGGUCAGAAGUUUACAUGCACUCAAUUAGUAUUUGAUAGCAUUGCCUUUAAAUGGUUUAACUUGGGUCAAACGUUUCGGGUACCCUUCCACAAGCUACCCACAAUAAGUUGGGUGAAUUUUGGCCCAUUCCUCCUGACAGAGCUGAUGUAACUGAGUCAGGUUUGUAGGCCUCCUUGCUCAUCCACGCCUUUUCAGUUCUACCCACCAAUCUUUGUCCCCAUGUGCAGUUGCAAAUCGUAGUUUGUCUUUUUUAUGGCGGUUUAGAGCAGUGGCUUCUUCCUUGCUGAGCGGCCUUUCAGGUUAUGUUGAUAUAGGAUAUAUAUAUAUAUAUAUGUGGAUAUAGAUACUUUUGUACCUGUUUCCUCCAGCACCUUCAAGGUCAUUUGCUGCUGUUCUGGGAUUGAUUUGCACUUUUCGCACCAAAGUACGUUAAUCUUUAGGGACAGAAUGCGUCUCUUUCCUGAGCGGUAUGACGGCGCCGUGGUCCCGUGGUGUUUACACUUGCGUACUAUUGUUUGUACAGAUGAACGUGGUACUUUCAGGUAUUUGGAAAUUGCUCCCAAGGAUGAACCAUGACGAUUUUUCCAUGAUGUCAAGUGAAGAGGCACUGAGUUUGAAGGUAGACCUUGAAAUACAUCCACAGGUACUCCUCAAAUUGACAUAAAUGAUGUAAGUUAACCUAUUAGAAGCUUUUAAAGCAAUGACAUAAUUGUCUGGACUUUCCAAGCUGUUUAAAGGCACAGUCAACUUACUGUAUGUAAACUUCUGACCCACUGGAAUUGUGAUAACAGUAAAUUAUAAGUGAAAAAUGACUUGUUAUGCACAAAGUAGAUGUCCUAACCGACUUGCCAAAACUAUAGUUUGUUAACAAGAUAUUUGUGGAGUGGUUGAAACACCUAGGUUGGAGUCAUUGAAACUAGGUUAUGUAAACUUCCAACUUCAACUGUACAUGCAGGCAGUACCAGUCAAAAGUUUGGACAGACCUAAUAAUUCCAUUUCUACAUUGUAUAAUAAUUGGAAAGACCUCAAUACUAACACAUAUGGAAUCAUGUAGUAAUAAAGAAAUUGUUAAACUAAUCUAAAUAUAUUUUAGAUUCUUCAAAUUAGCCACCCUUUGCCUUGAUGACAGCUUUGCAUACUCAUGGCAUUCUCUCAACCAGCUUCAUCAAGAAUGCUUUUCCAACAGUCUUGAAGGAGUUCCCACAUAUGCUGAGCACAUGUUGGCUGUUUUUCCUUCACUCUGGGGUCGAACUCCUCCCAAACCAUCUCAAUUGAGUUGAGGUCGGGUGAUUGUGGAGGUCAGGUCAUCUGAUGCAGCACUCCAUCACUCUCCUUCUUGGUCAAAUAACCCUUACUUAGCCUGGGGGUGUGUUGGGUCAUUGUCGUGUUGAAAUACAAAUGAUAGUCCCACUAAGCGCAAACCAGAUGGGAUGGAAUAUUGCUGCAGAAUACUGUGGUAGCCAUGCUGGUUAAGUGUGCCUCAAUUUCUAAAUAAUUCACUGACUGUGUCACCAGCAAAGCACCAUCACACAUACGGAGAUCAUCCGUUCACCUACUCUUUCUCGACACAGCGGUUGGAACCAAAAACCUCAUUUGUACUAAUCAGACGAAAGGACAGAUUUCCACCGGUCUAAUGUCCAUUGCAUGUUUCUUGGCCCAAGCAAGUCUCUUCUUCUUAUUGGUGUCCUUUUAGUAGGUGUUUCUUUGCAUAAAUUCAACCAUGAAGGCCUGAUUCAUGCAGUCUCCUCUGAGCAGUUGAGGUGUCUGUUACUUCAAUUCUGUGAAGCAUUUAUUUGGUAUUUGGGCUUCAAUUUCUGAGGCUGGUAACUCAAAGGAACUUAUCCUCUCCAGCAGAGGUAACUCUGGAUCUUCCUUUCCUGUUGCAGUCCUCAUGAGAGCCAGUUUCCUCAAAGCAUUUGAUGGUUUUUAUGAUUGUACUUUUUAUUUAUUAUAAUUAAAAGAAAAAUGUUUUAUUUAACGAGGGAAGUCAGUUCAGAACAAAUUCAUAUUUUCAGUGACGGCCUACCACGGCCAAACCCGGACGACGCGGGGCCAAUUGUUCGCCGCCCUAUGGGGCUCCCAAUCACGACCGGGUGUGAUGCAGCCUGGAUUCGAACCAGGGACUGUAGUUGGACUGCAGAGUGAAGAAUAGCAGCCAACAAGUGCUCAGCAUAUGUGGGAACUCAUUCAAGAGUGUGCAAAGCUUUCAUCAAGGCAAAUGGUGGCUACCUUGAAUAAUCUAAAAUAAUAUAUUUAGAUUUGUUUAACACUUUUUUGGGGUUACUACAUGUGCAUGUGUUAUUUCAUAGUUUUGAUGUCUUCACAAAAUAGUAAAAAUAAAGAAAAUCCCUUUGAGUAGGUGUGUCCAAUCUUUUAACUGGUACUGUGUGAGAUAUAUAUAUAUACACACACAAAUAUUUCUCUCAACAAAAAUAUAAAUGCAAUGAUUUUACUGAAUUACAGUUCAUAUAAGGAAAUCAAUCAAUUGAAAUACAUUUAUUUGGCCCAAUCUAUGGAUUUCACAUGACUGAGAUGGGAUGCAGCCAUGGAUGGGCCUGGGAGGGCAUAGCCCCACCCACUUGGUAGACAGGCCCACCCACUGGAGAGCAAGGCCCAGCCUAUCAGAAAGAUAUAUUUUUUUCUCCACAAAAGGGCUUUAGUACAAACAAAUACUCCUCAGUUUCAUCAGCUGUCCAGGUGGCUGAUCCCGGAUGUGGAGGUCCUAGGCUGGUGUGGUUCCAUGUGGUGUGCGGUUGUGAGGCCGGUUGUACGUAGUUCCAAAUUUUCUAAAACAAUGUUGGAGGCAGCUUAUGGUAGAGAAAUUAAUAUUCAAAUCUCUGGCAACAGCUCUGGUGGACAUUCCUGCAGUCAGCAUGCCAAUUGCAUAUUCCCUCAACUUGAGACGUCUGUAGCGUUGGCCUUAUUUUCCCCAGCACAAGGUGCACCUGUGUAAUGAUCGUGCUGUUUAAUCAGCUUCUUCAUAUGCCUCACCUGUCAGGAGGAUGGAUUAUAUUGUGUACACAAUUUGAGAGAAAUAAGCUUUUUGUGUGUAUGGAACAUUUCUGGGAGUUUUUAUAUCAGCUCAUGAAACGGGACCAACAGUUUACAUGCUCCGUUUUAUAUUUUUGUUCAGUGUAUAUAUCCAUUCAUUCGCCGUGUGUGUCUGACAGUCCCCUGCACUAGGUCUCGGCAGAAUGUUUUGUAUAGUGACCACAUAGGUUGGACAUUUUGUGCCUCCCCCUCCACUCAUAAAUGUUUAUGGUAAAAUCAUUUGUAAUCAUGAUUGGUUGGCCCUAUUUGAUUUGACUUAUUUUUUUUUAUAUAAACUUUUUUCCCCUUUGUUUUUCAUGUUUAUGGUCAACAUGUUUGGUGUCAGUACAGGUCCAUAGUGAAAGUUUUAUAUUUGGUUCCUCAUGCCACAGAUUAUUUGAAUAAUAAAUAUGAUGUACAGUUAGGUA